UUCAGUCAACUACCCUCUGUUUAUUUCCUUCGUUUAUUAUCAGUUCUUAUGUAACAUUCAAAUUUCUUUCAUAAAUUUCGCGUACUCAGCGUUGUGCAAUACCAGAAUAUCAUCAAUAACACAAAAGAAUGAUGAAAUUCAUAAGCCGCCUGAUAGUAUGUCUUUGGACUGCCCACUGCAUUCGUCACAUUGUAUUACAGUUUUAAUGUAAAAGGAAAGUGAUAGUAUGGCAGCAGUUGUUGAUCAGACCCCUAAUACAGCAAAAAGUCUAAACGAUAUAUUUAAUGAAAAUGGUGAGUGCUUAUCUUCUGAAGAAAGGAAAAGGAAUAGUGAUGAUACUGCCACCAAUCUCAAUGAUAAAACAGCUUUAGUGAGUCCAACUGCUGAGCAGUUUGAUGCACUUAUUCAGAGGCUAGCAGGUCGAUUAGAAAAUGGACAUGGAGAAGUCAUUUAUAAUAUUGGAACUGGAGAUAAUGGAAGUUGUGGAUUAUCAGAAGAAGAAAUGGCUGCAUCUGUGGCUACACUGGAAAGUAUGGCAAGUACUCUAGAAGCUGACUGUGUUCUUCUACGGAAACACAAAGUUGAACAGGGUGAUGUUUCUGAGUAUUUGGUGCGUAAGAGAGCAAAAGACAAUGAUUUUGUUGAAGUCAGAGUGGCUGUAAUUGGUAAUGUAGAUGCUGGUAAAAGUACAUUAUUGGGUGUACUUACUCAUGGAGAGUUAGACAACGGCAGAGGAUUUGCUCGUCAGAAGCUAUUUCGACAUAAGCAUGAAAUGGAAUCAGGUCGUACAUCUAGUGUAGGAAAUGACAUAUUAGGAUUUGACAGUUGUGGGAAUGUAGUUAAUAAACCUGACAGCCAUGGUGGACAGUUAGAUUGGGUUAAAAUAUGUGAAGCUGCUUCUAAAGUAAUUACCUUCAUUGAUCUUGCGGGCCACGAAAGGUAUUUGAAAACUACUAUAUUUGGAAUGACUGGGCAUAUUCCUGAUUUCACAAUGUUAAUGGUUGGUGCAAAUGCUGGUGUAGUUGGAAUGACUAAAGAACACUUAGGACUUGCUCUAGCUUUAAAUGUUCCAGUUUUUGUUGUUGUCACAAAAAUUGACAUGUGUCCUGUUAAUGUACUCCAUGACACUAUGAAACUGCUUGUCCGUAUUCUGAAAUCACCUGGUUGUAGGAAGAUACCAGUUAUUGUUCAUUCUGAAGACGAUGUUAUAGUUUCAGCUACUAAUUUUGUUUCUGAGAGGUUAUGUCCUAUAUUUCAAGUUUCCAAUGUUACAGGAGAGAAUCUCAAGUAUUUAAAAAUGUUUUUAAAUUUGUUAUCAACAAGGAUGCCAAAUUCAGAUUCUGAGCCAUCUGAAUUUCAGAUUGAUGAUACUUAUUCAGUGCCAGGUGUUGGAACAGUCGUUUCUGGUACAACACUAAAAGGCACUAUUAGAUUAAAUGAUACUUUAAUGCUGGGGCCUGAUCCUUUGGGGCAUUUUCAAGCAGUUGCAGUGAAAUCAAUUCAUCGAAAGCGUAUGCCUGUGAAAGAAGUUAGAAGUGGACAGACUGCUUCUUUUGCUUUAAAGAAGAUUAGAAGAUCCGAUAUCAGGAAAGGUAUGGUUAUGGUUUCACCUGCAUUAAAUCCUGAAGCGUAUUGGGAAUUUAAAGGUGAAAUUUUAGUCCUUCAUCACCCCACCACCAUCAGUCCACGUUAUCAAGCCAUGGUUCAUUGUGGGAGCAUUCGUCAAACAGCGUCUAUCCUCAGUAUGUCUAUGGAGUGUUUAAGGACAGGGGAUAAAGCACUUGUUCAUUUUCGUUUUAUCAAAAAUCCUGAAUAUCUGCGUGUAGGCAUGCGCAUGGUAUUUCGGGAAGGUCGAACGAAAGCUGUUGGCAACAUAGUGUUACUCAUACCAAAUGCCACACCUGCUAAUCUGGUUACGCGCUCGAAACCAAACAAAAUGCGGCCAUCUUCAUCAAGCCCCACGGAAAAUGCUGGCAAGCCAGAAAACGAACCUCGUAAACCAAGUAAAAGAAGCAGAGGACGACAUCGAGGCAAUAGAACUUUUGUACGAAUUCCUGUGUAAAUAACUGUAAAACAUUUGUGAAAUAACUUCUGUACAUGUACUUCGCUGUAGUACAAAUGCACAAUGUUGUUUUUAUCAUGGAUUUUAUUUUUUCCUAAAGUUCACAUUUUAAAUUUUAAAGAUUAUUUCCAAUGUUCACAAAUCUUUCCGCUGAUUCCAUCUUUCAUCAGAAGGGUUGAAUGCUUUGAUAUUAUGCUAGAUUUUAGCCAUUGUAGAGAAAAGAUGCCAAACAGUUAUAAAUAAUAUUCUGCAACAGUCUCACAGAGCAGUUUGAUGUAUUGAAAUUAUAUCUCAUUUUAUUCAAUAUAACUCUUAACAUUUUUAUAAUCCUAAUUAGCAUUUUAUACUGCAAGUAAAUUAAAAUGUGUUAAUAGGAUAUAAAUUGCUGUAGGAUGCUAAUUUUAAAGCAGAUGUAUACACUAAUUUUAUAAGUACUGUUUAUUAUGGGAAAAGAUAAAGUGGUGAAAUUUAAGAUAUCCUUCUUAAUCUUUUUUUAUUAUUAAUAUGUGAUUAUCUUAAGCUAAAUAAUUAUCAUUUUGUUUGGUUUGUUUGAAUGUGACAGAGUAAAUAAGGGCUGUCUGCUUAAGGGCAGGAGUAAGGAAAAUUGUCUCAAAUCCACGUUAAACAUGAGGAAAAUGGCAAAAACACCCAUGUAGCCAGUCCAUUUGCGGGGGUUUGUGCCCAUGCCGAACUAUCAGUAUACAGAAAUUUUAAUGUUGGGCCGCUGGUUAGCCAUAUAAUCAAUAAAAUUUUUGAGUUUGAAGUAAAUAUUCUAGCAAAACUUUUUACACACAUUUUUAUAUAACCAUUUCAAACACUUUUUUUAUUUGCGUCUUACAUUUUUGUGUGUAUUUAAAUAAUGUAACCGUUCUAAAAUUAUAAUUACUGAAAUUUCAAUGCUCUAAAAGUUAUAACUUAUUUUUUCUGAAACUUCCGUCCUGCAUUAUAUUAAAAUCUUAAGUUCAUGAAAAGUGGAAAAUUUUAGUGAUGUGUAUUAUUAAUUAUAUUAUUUUACUUUAAUAAAAAAUGUGUUUGGCCUUAAUUUUAAUUGAAUAAAAACUUGAGUAUUCAAGGAAAAUAUAAUUUCUUUGCUUAAUUUUAGUACAAAAAAGUAGAAACAAGAUUUCAUCUUAGUUUUAAGCCAUAUAUAAAUGAAAAUUGAUUUCUUUAUUUUAAUUUAGUAAAAACAGUAAAAUGUGUAUUUAGGUAGAUAAAUAAAUAAAAUUGUAUUGUUUUAAUAUUGUCAGAAGAAGUACAUUUUAUACUACAUUUGAUAAGUUAUAAAAACACUUUUUUUUAAUUCUGUAAUAGAUUUUGAAAUAAAGAAAUAUAAACAAUAAAUAAGUAAAUAAAAUGUAUACUAAAUAUGUAUUUGGCAUAUAGAAAAACCCAAUUAUCAGAAUUUUCUGAAUAUCCAAAUGAGUUUAGAUUUUAGUUCGUGUGGAUAUUUAUAGUUCAACUUUAGUUAUUUUCUGUGUAAAAUUAUUUUUGCACAGCUGGUGAAAAACACGAAAUCCUUUACUAUUAAGUAAUAUUUAUGCAUUUUUCCUUAUAGUUUACUAGCAAACCUUUCAAAAAGUUUUCUUGAAUUUCAGUUUCUUAAUGAGUUUUCAUGUUUUAAUAUAAGUUACAUCAAAUGUUUUUUUUAAGUUUUUCUGUAUAUUCCCUCAAUGAUGGGGGAGGCAAGGAAUAAAAUUAAUUCUGUAAUCACAAAUAAAGGUUUUAAGUAACA